GUUUGAGCAGCAGUGCGCAGGACUGCAACAGCAAAGCAAGCACACCAACACGGCAACACCGUGCAGCAAGCACACCUCUCACCACCCAACACGCACCUGCGAUGGAGUUUGAGGAGGACUUUCCUGAGUUUGAGGACGAUGAGGGGAGGUUUGCGUUGAUGGGGUCUGAGCUGAUGGGUGGCGCGCCGCUUCCUGUCAACAUGACCCCACAAGAAAAGCAAUCGUACAUGGACGGCAUCGGCAUCAAGGCCAAGUACAUUGGUGUGACGGAGGUUUCCAGUGCCCGCGGCGGCGAUGACGUGCUGCUGGCAAUUGCGCGCGUCCGUGCAGCGCACAAGGCGUUCCGCGAAGCAAAGCAGCGCACGUGGCUCGUCAUCUCCGUGUCUGGUCUGAAGAUCCGCGACUUUGACACGCGCCAGCUCAGGGACAGCUACGCCCUCUACCAGAUCAGCUACGCGACAUGGCUGCCCUCCAACCCACAAGUGUUUGCUUUCAUUACGGCCAACACAACCACGUCUCCACCCAUCUACAAGUGUCACGUGUACAAAUCACACUCCAAAUCCAAGAUGAUCAUUGAGACCUUCGGUCGCUGCUUCACACUUGCCGUUGAGAUGCAGCGAACCGGGCUGACGCGGGCAGUGCGCAUGAAGGACGCCUCAUUCCACGAAGUCGUCCGCGACAUCCGACGACAGCUUCAGUCCACUCGCGUUCCACUGGACAUUGCUGCGUUCUGCAACGAAGGCUUGAAGCGGUUGACACACUUGUAUGACCAGGAAUGCAACAGCGACCCGCACAACGACGCUGCCACCCCAAAUGGGACACACGUCACUGCCACAGUGCCGUAUACAGACUCUACCCAUAGCCCGCGUAUGCGCGUCUCUGCUCUGUGCCGUUCCUUUGCUUCUCGCCUUUGA